GCCCGUCUCAGAGAAAGAUUGCCCGUCUGCUACGCUCACAUGAGCGUUCGGCUGUUCGGCCUCCCGUUUACCCCCUUUUUUUGGUAUAGCUCGGGCUCUCAGCGUAUGUUUGCGCACCUGUUGCACUUCUACACGGCAAGAUGACCAGCUGUAGCGGUUCGUACGGCAGCUACUGUUGUGUACCGUGGUGCCAAAACAACGGAAGAACGCAAAAGAAGCCUGGAACCUGCUUCUUUCGCAUCCCACAGGACAGCAGGUCGACGGCAUGGGUGACGUACUCCCGAAGAGCCGACCUGGCGGAAAAGCCAGUUAGCUUAUUGUACACUUCAUACAAAAUCUGCAGUGACCAUUUCACUGCACAAGAUUUCAUGAAUCCAGGGCGCACACGGCUCAGAAAAACGGCUGUACCUACAGUUUACCCAGGUAUGCAAUGUGACGAUACAUCACCUCGGUACAUAGUGCCAGAGGACCAUCCGGAAGAGGCUAUAUAUAUCAGCUCCUUUAUGUCUGAAAACCCUGCUGUGCGAGGCUAUGGCUAUCCUGUAAGUGAGGAACAAGCUGGUGAGGACGUCCUAGAGGAAACAUCUGAGAAUGGCUCCCUCAUGAUGGAAAGCCAUGUUGCCGAAGAUUCUGCUGAUGUGUCACCUAUAGGGGCCUCCACAGUUACAUCACCUCAAUACACAGUGCCAGACGAUCAUCCAGAAGAGGCUACAUACAUCAGCUGCUUUAUGUCUGAAGACCCUGCUGUGCGAGGCUAUGGCCAUCCUGUAAGUGAGGAACAAGGUGGUAAGGAUGUCCUAGAGGAAACAGCUGAAAAAGGCUCCCUCAUGACGGAAAGCCAUGUUGCCGAAGGAAGCCUGCAAGAGAUGCCUGGCUGCAACACCCCCAUGAGGGAGCUAGGUGCUGCAGGAUGCCAAGUGGACAUGUCCGGCAGCGAUUCUACUGCAGCUGAGCAUGAUGCCGUGUCCAAGAUGUUCGCAAGCACCAGCACCUGUAUUCGCACAGCUGCAAGCUCAGAAGGAGACUUUCCUGCUGCUUGCAAUGGUGCAGCACGGAAAUUUCCUUCAAAAAAAUUUAGGAAGACCUACCGAUUCCAGUCCAAGGUGGCAACCUACCGGCGGACCAUCACACGGUUAUGGAAGCAGCAGCACAAGCUGCCGCUGUCAACUUUAAAGACACUAAGCCUUAUCCAUUCGCGUGUGACAAAGGAGGUUUUUAAACUUCUAUGUGCACACAUGCAGCUUCAACAGAAGGACAAAGUGCAGCUCUCGGGCGCCCAUUCCUGCAACGAGUGUCGUCGGCGUAACAGAACGAGUGCAGUGAAAGUUGAAAGAGCGAACGCUGAGUGGGAUAUGAAAGAUGCAAGCCGCGAACAGCGGAGACCAAUGACAGCGGGCCCCUGAGUGACGUGCACGUGGGAAACGUGUCAUGUGGACCUGCCCAACCGUUGAUCUUACGUCAUCUGUUGUUCGUGCUUGUUUGGUUUGUUCUCAUUCGUGCUUGUUUUGUCAUGGUUUGCGAUUGUUUUGUAACAUGAUUGUAUGUAUGGCGCGAUUUGUGUAGUACUUUCUGGAAGCCACGUGGUACCAGGGAAUCUUGCAGAAUGGACGUUGAGGGAGGGGCCGGGGGUGUGGAUUUAAGUGCAAAGAGUGCGUAGACCUCUCGAGUUGUUAGUUAAUGAGGGACCAGUAGCGGCUCUGAAACGUCAAAUCUUUUAAGACAAGAAUAUUCGUUAUUUAUGCAAGAAGUGGCACAAAUCUACUUGCCUAAAUUUAUUUUGCUUGAGCAUAAACUCUAGUCUGUUUUAUUUUUUUUGUUUUUAAACUGAAAUGUGUGAUUCAUUCCUACCAGGUCACGUAUUGUGUCGAUUGCCUAAAGGGGUUAUUUGGCAAUGUCUUUCAGUUUGUUUGCAGUGCUUAAAAUGGGUCGCGAAUCUGUUUUGUACAUUUAUGAUGUGAAAUAAAGAUUACUGUGUUUUCUCUGCAAUUUUCUGUAUUGCACUCGUCGCCUGAUGUUUUAUGUAUGCGCCAAAUGGCGACAGUGUACAGUGUCGGUGCUCUUGUAUUUUAUAGAGUGAAAUAAAUAUUCAAUUGAAAGUU